CUCAGAAUUGACACGUCUGUUGUUUACGACCUAAGUCCACCCUCCACCAAAUCCUCGAGUAGACAGGGCCUCAAACCCGAAUCUGCUCAGCCUUCGGGGGACAGACGGCUUCGCAACCUAUCCCCUACUUCAACCUCUUCGACGCUAUCCCUUGUAUCUCCCACUCCCUCAUCGACCAAUGCUUCUUCAUUAUCUGUACAUGCCCCCACCACCUCGGCCUCUUAUUCCACGACAAUGAUCUCUGAUACCGUCGCGUCACCUCCCGCAAUCUACGUAUCAGAGAGGUCAUCACCUGAGUACGUUCUGGCAAUGCAUGAUUUUAUUCCGCAGCAGAAGAAUGCUACAUGUCUUGCCUUCCGAGCUGGGCAGAUUAUACACGUCCUCAACCGCGACUCCAGCGGCUGGUGGGAUGGGGAGCUAGACGGCAAACGCGGGUGGUUUCCCAGCAACUACGUGAAUGGGGAUCUGGGUUUAUUGGCAGAUGAUGUAAUGGCCUCGCAGCGCAUGGGGUCAGGCCAUUCUCACUCUAAAUCUACAGUGUCAGUGGCUUCAUUUGCGAGCUCAACAUCGUCGCGGCAGAGCGCGUUUUCUCGAAACGACUACUGUCCACCAUUGAUGGUACCUCUUCUCCAUGCGCUCUCUCUUCUACAGAAUGCCGUUCGGUCAAACCGGGUGACCCAUUUCCAGCCGUCGGUCGCUUGUCUCAUUUCUUGCGUUCGUUCCGUACUGGACGCUGCAGCAUGUCUGUCGCGCGAUGCCCCUUUGCUCAAACGCUAUACAUCUCUUGCGCAGGAAAGGAAAAAGGUGCUUUCAGACCUGGCUGCCAUCGUGACUCAGGCGAAGAAGGCUUCGGCGGAGGAUGUAGACGAAGACCAGCGUGACUUGGAGGUUGAAAAGAUGGUCAGGUUAGGUGGACAGGUCUUUUCUCGCGUCCGACGUUUUCUGGCCGUCGCGGUUCAGUGCGGGGUGGAUCUACCUGAGCGACAGACAAUAAUGGAGAGCCAAUUAAUUCCGUCAGACUCUGGAUUCUCAUCACAGUCAUCAGGCUCCUUCCUGCAGGGACCCACGACUCCGACAUCUGGACCCGACGAAGAUGUCACUUUCCGUGCUUCACCCUGGAAAACCAAUGGGCGGCCCCGAAUGCGGGUGAAGGGCCGACCGGGAACCCCGGGCAACGCCAUGAAGGCGCGAAGGAAAACCAAGUCGCACAAGCACGAUUUCUCUGUUAGCAGUAGCGCCUCUUCGUCGUCCUUGUCAUCCGCGGAGUCUGCUCCUACCCCUGUUACCCCGCCAUUCCCUUCAGGGCCUUCGACGUACGAGGAACUGAUGGAUGCACUGCGACAUACCCAUGAUCAGUAUCUAUCGACCAUCGCGGCGUUCAUUGGUCACGCCCAUUCGCAUUCGCGGUCGUCACACGCAUCAAGUACGGGACACAUGUACGAACUUGUGCGGGAGAUUGUCGAGAUGGUCUGCAAGCUCUUGACGAUCGUGGAGGCUGUCUUGCGGCACCCGACUGUCCCGCCGCACAAGGUUUCGCAUCUCAGAGCUGCAAAGGAGGGUCUCUACAGCGUGACAAGUGGAUUGGCAGAAUCCGUUCGUAUGCUGACGAGUUUGCUUCCUUCUGCCUUGACCGAGGAGCAAGAGAAAGCGACAUUAAUUCGCUCUGCUACGGAUGCUCUCAAGGCUGGCGCUGACUGUGUCGCUGCCGUGAAGAUGUGUCUUACUCGCUCGUCGAGUGACAAGCUCUUUAUCAUUGAUGCUCCGAGGGUUUUGGAGGACUAUCCAGUCCCGAUGACGCCCCGUAGGCUCUCAAAUCGCAUGUCGCCGCGACUUUCCAAGUCCAUGACCUCCAUCAAUAACCCUGUGUCAGGUCCUGCAGAGGACGACUCGACGGUCCAGGGACAGCCGUUGCCACGGGACAUGCCCAUCAUCGAUGUUUCUGGGGACCCAGGAAUUUCUCAGUCCCUUACAACGCAAGAUGAAGGGAAGCAUGUCCCUGCCAGGACUUCUACUGAGCGGGUGACUCUCCCCACCCUAUCGCUAUCUCAAAGUGUGACGGUCGGUCCCGACUUGCCGUCGCCAAUGUCAUCCGUCGCCAAGACUGACGAUGAGCGGACGACUUGGGAAGGGAGUCAACCGCCGCUCGAACGGCCGAAGUCGCUGGAAGAGAAGAUUCUAAACGGAGACUUACCUUCGCUCCCUAUCGCAGCCAUUCCCGAGCUGAUGCAGACGGAGUCAGAGCCAUGGAUGCUUCCCCAUGACUACGCGCUUGAGGAUGUUGCGUACAACGGUGAAGGCCACUUGGUCGGUGCAACUAUCCAGGCCUUGAUCGAGAAGAUGACCCCUCAUUCUUCCAUCGUGGACCCUGCAUUCUCAGCCGUCUUCUUCCUCACCUUCCGUCUCUUCUCUACUGCUCUUGAGCUUGUCCAGGCGAUCAUCGACCGCUACAACCUCCUUCCUCCCUCUGGGUUGUCUGAGGAGGACACUUACAAGUGGCAACAGCGCAAAGGCAUUCCAGUGCGGCUGCGCGUCUCGAAUUUCAUCAAGGUCUGGCUUGAACUAUACUGGCGACCGUCUUUCGAUAACUCCGUGUUGCCCAUGCUUCAUGACUUCAACCGUGAUGCUCUGGCUUUGAUGUUCCCGGGGCCGUCACAGCGGAUACACGAACUCAUUGCGAUGCGGAUGCAUCAAGACGAUGUCAUGUUGAUAACCCCCAGGCUGGACCGCAUGCGCGACGCAGGCAUGCCUCUCAAUCCCCCUACGGCUAGCUCUCCUUCAGAGAUACCUCGUCCUAUCAUGACGAAGAAUUUGCUGUCUAAUCUCCGCAGCAAGAACUUUUCGACCAUCCUCAUCACUGACUUUGACUCUCUGGAGCUCGCGCGGCAGCUAACGAUCAUGGAGUGUAACUUGUUCUGUUCUAUACAACCGGAGGAGGUUCUGGAAAGCGGCCAAGAAGGCGUGAAAGCACCCGUCAAUGUCAAGGCCGUGACUAGCCUCAGUACUGUUAUCACAGGUUGGGUAGCGGAGAGUAUUCUCAGUGAGAAUGACAUCAAGAAACGCACGACUUUGGUGAAGUUCUUCAUCAAAGUUGCCGACCGGUGCACAACGCUCUCCAACUUCAGCACCUCUCGUUCAAUUUUGGCUGCGCUAGAUUCAUCCACAAUCUCUCGGUUGCAUCAGACGUGGAUCGGAGUUCCGCAGAAGCAGAAGCUGCAGCUGGAUGCGAUUCGAAAGCUCGCCGAUCACGCCAGGAAUUAUCGCGAUUACCGUAGCCGAUUGAGGAAUACGGCCCCUCCCGCCGUUCCCUUCUUAGGCCUUUACCUAACCGACGUGACUUUUUGUCGUGAGGGCAACCCUUCGCAUCGCGCGUCCCCGAUGGCCGCGGAAAAGAAAUUGCUCAAUUUUAAUAAAUACCACAAAAUGGCCCGGAUUGUCCAAGACAUGCAGCGCUUCCAAGUGCCAUACACUUUGAAGGAGAUUCCUGAAGUGCAAUCAUACCUCAAUCAUGCCUUCGAGAAAUCCCCUCACCACGGCGAUCUGCAUGACCUCUAUCGUCGCAGUUUGCUCGUUGAGCCAAAACAACCAGCUGACACGCCUCCUGCUGGAGACGUGCGACAACUCUUUACCUGGGCUGGCCGCUCUCUUACAGGCCAGCCCGCCUCUGCGUCGUGAUCAAUAUGACAUCCUCUUAUUUCCUGUUCUCACUUUACACUUCACCAUUCGCUCACCAUUUUUUGUUUCAUUCGGACUUUUAUCUUGU